UUCUUUGCACCUCUCCUGCAACAAUCUGCGAGAAUCUUUGAGUCAUGAGCGACUGCAGGCGGUCUUUAGUACCAUCACGUUCUUUUUUUUGUUGACACAGUGACUUGGCAUCUCCGUGCAGCCUAAUGCUGGUUCCUUGCCAUCAUGUCCAUUCCUGAUGUUCUUCCUUUGAGUCCACCCUCUACCUCUUCACGCCGUAAAGUGUUUUUCCCAGAUCCGUCGCCCAAACCUACGAGCUCUCCAGACUCGCCCGCAUCCUUCCCAGGCUCGUCGAACAAAUCAAAUCAAAAACGCGUGGGGUUUUCGAUUGGUACACAUUCUCGACAUCCUUCCUCCGCAAGCCACCCACCCUCCAGUACAACUAGACCGAUACCUCCUUCUUCGGGCUCUCAAUCAGCUCUGAAGUCCAUCCUCAAACCCUGCUCUGUUGAUGGGCAUACUGCACAAGCUGUGGAUGGAUCAAAAGACGCCAAACGCACAAUGGGUGAAAUGAUGGAGAGCAUCGUGCAACAACUGUCCCGUGACGACCGAUCGUUGUCCCUUGACGCAUAUCAGACCCUAUCUUCGGUCAUCCGAGAGUACGACGACAUACCCGAGGAGGAUGUGCUGAAGGUCAAGAUAAACACGAUUAUGAAAUACAUCAAACGAGAUCUGCAGAAGCAACCCAGUCCCGACGAGCCGCCCAUUGCUGGUACAAACCUGGUUACUCAAGCAUUGAAGGUGCUCGUCAUUUUUGUGUGGAAUCGGGAUUAUUCCUCUUUAUUGACCGACGAGUAUCGCAUUUUCGUCCUUGAUCGGGCUAUCCAGGUCAUCUCUGAACAUGCUGCGCCCAAGGGCGUGAUCAUUCACUACCUUCACCUUCUAGCAACCCAAAAUUUCCGCCCAGUACUCGUCAACAACAGCCGUGUUACACGACUGCUUGAGGCGUUGAAGACUCUAACAGAACACGUGAAAGGAAAUGGCGUGAUUUCAGAGAGGAUUUUGGUCUAUCAGAAGCUCCUCGACCAAGCAAGGCCUACAAUGAAAGCCAGGGCCAACCUAUGGGUUGAGGAGCUGCUGACAGGCAUGACGAAUUUGUUGAAAGACGUGAGGACAAAGGCGAUCGCCAUGGGGCUGAAAGCAUGCUCGGUAUUUCCGGCGUCUUCUUCCAUUUCAGCCACCAUCAAGACUAUCCUCGGCGCGGAGAUCUCGCCUGGAAAGACGUUCAGCUCCGCCAUGUGUCGCAGGCUUGAGAAGAUGAUCACAGUCAAGGAAGAAGGACUACAGGUGCCACAGAUAUGGACCAUCGUACUCAUGCUCAGCAAUGGCGUUGAGGACCGAGACCCCAACGGCCCUUGGCCUCGUUUUGACAAGUGGCCACAGUUCAUGGACUGGUUGAAAGUGAUCCAGACAUGCUUCAACUGCAGCGAGUCUGCAAUCAAACAACAAGCCUACAUGGCCUGGGAUCGUUUCAUCCACAUCAUCCAACCUCAUCAAACCUCCGACAAUUUGAUGGCACUGCUUGCAAAGCCCCUUACUGCUCAAAUGGAACGUCAGUCUAUAGAACAGACAACCAAAGGCACUCGCCCAACCGCUGUUUCCAGUUAUUGCACCUUACUCUAUUAUUCCUUCAGACCAGCAGCCACGCAUAAGCAAUACACGAGAGUCUGGAAUGAAUACAUUGUUAAGGUUAUGAGAAGCUCAUUUUUUGAGAAAAGCACUGCCAAUGCCGACAUAGCGAGUCGCAUUUUCAUGUCAUUGUUCUGGAACUCCAAAAAGAGCACGAAAGUCUGGAACGAGAAACGGGCUCUUGAAAAUACUCGAGUCGAGCCGGAGGAGCUUCCCACAAUUGACUGCAAAUGGAUUAGGGCAAAGUCCAAAGCGAUUCUCGAUAUGUUUCAAGUUUUGAUGCGAUUCAGCUCCUGGGGCGCCUCAGGCCAAUCUGACAGAGCAUUCAUUGCCAUUGCCUGGUCACAUUUUCUCAAAGCCCUGCGAGAGGCCAGCAGCAAAGAAAUCAAACCAUCACCUGAAACAGUCGAUGCCAUGACCAACGUGAUCAAUUGCUUAGGGUCCCUUUUUGAAGAGUGUUCAGGUCUUGCGGGAGCAGAUCGAGCAGAUGGCACUCACGAACUCAGCAUAGCGCAAGUGCGACAUUUGACUCUCGCUGCCGUCACUGAACUUGGGAAUGAUCUGAUCAAGGCUGGACUUGAGACCAACUGCGACAUCAAGAAGAUGCUUGUCAUCUUUGAUACACUAGACUCUGUCAUGCUAGAACUGAAGAAGAAUGAAGAGGAUUGCCACACUCGUGCGUCCUCUGAGGAACUGAAGAGCGAAAUCCGAGCAUUGUUCUGUCACUGCCAGGAACUUCUCGACUUCCUGAACGCCCGACUACUCCGAGACUUCCGACCAGAACAAUCCGCUGAUAAGAAGUCGUUGUUAAUGUCUGGGAUCAAACAGCUGGAGCAGAACCUCGGGAAUAUGCCUCGAGAACACGUCGUCCGCCUCAUGAGACUGCUUCAGCCGACUCUUUCUGUGUUACUCAAGUGUGAGGAGCGCCACAGCAAGGUUUCUCCGGACGGACGCUGUACGGAGAUAGUCACCCUCUCCGUGAAUAUCCUCUCUAAGUGUCCAGUUGAGACCAUUGAGGAAUUGGAUGACAUUUUUGCUGCUCUGUUCGAAAGCCCCAACAACUUCGUGCGGGACGAGGCGGUGACAAUGUGGAACAUGCGGUUCGGUCAUUUGAGUUCAGUCACUAUCGGCCUUCGUGUCUCUCAAGCCUUGCUCAUGUUACGAAAAGCCGGCAUUGACGUCCAUGUCCCUGGCGAUCUCAUGCCUGGUGGAGAAAUCAUACCAAACGAUACCACAUUGCCCUCUGCAGCCAAGGAAGCAAAUACUCCCACGUCCAGGCGUACAUCACUAAGCCCCAACACGGACGUACAUGGCGCUGGGCCCUCUCCGGAACUAGGGAGUCAGCACUUCGGGGAUGAUGUGGCCAGACAACCUGACCCGGUUUUCUCGAGCCCGGAAAGACGAACUUCACGACCCAGGCUGAGAUAUGAUGACUCUCAGGUUCACUUUGUACCGAUUGACUCGUCACCAACAUGUGGACCUGAUUCAGACUCACAGUGCCUGACAGAACAUCAAAAAGAAGUUCGGGACCGGCAACGCUCUGAACCUGCCGUUGUGUUUCCCGAUCUUCGAUCGAGUCCGAGGCCACAUAGCAGGGCUCAAAGUGUAAGCAACUGUGGCAUUGCGCGGAAGGCAGCUGCCCUACCACAACGACCAUCAACACCCACUUUGCCGACAGGUCAUGAUCAAGAACCCGAAAUACCGGCAUCUCCAACCCCUCGAGCCCGGCACGUUACAGAUCAUAUAGGGGACAUCGAUGUACCUUCGUCACCACCGUCAAUUCCAGGUAACCGUAAUGGAGGGGAGAUCACUUCUUCCCCACAACAAGUGGUUGCCCAGGAUGGCCAAAUAAGAAUUGAGCUUGCCUUUGCGCCGCCGCAGGGUGCGUGUCAGCAGAUGGCAGCAAAGGCAAAUGACCUUUCACCAACGGAAGAUGUAAUGGGACAAUUUUCCGCAGUGGGUGAACAACAGCCCAUGGGCGCACAGAGGGAUAUCCACAUGCAAGAUCAAAGCACUGAAGAGGCUGUGAGGCUUCCUUCAUCACCCAUCAAUUCGCUUGCAACGACCGCAGCCGCAAAGGGUGAUGGUGCAGACUCGAGCCCAAUGGCAAGACCUAGAACUGACAGUGACGAGAUCGACAUGCUUAGUGCCUCGCAACUGUCCCAUGACCUUGACCAACAUCUUAGCCAGGUAGUCGAGGAUGAGGCUUUGCAACCCCUGGAGGAGCAGGGACAAGACAGCCAACCAAUAGCUCAGGUGCGACGAACUCGCAAGCGCAAGUCGAACAGCCUGAGAUUCACCUCGAGCAAGCGGAGGAGGUCACAAUCUUCUUCACAGACGUCAUCCCAACCAGUCGCCACGCACAGUUCCAUGCACAAUACACCAGAAGAAAUAAUGGACUGUAUCGUGGUUGCUCCGUCGAGGGCAGUUCAAGCGAUUGCAGCAGGACAUCCGGCACGAACGGGCAUUAUUGAAUCAACAAGUGCCCCAAAGCGUAGAAGGGGCCGACAACAGCGGAGGGCAGAGAAUGUCAGUUCAGCUUCUCACUCGCCGAUUCAUCACCAUGACACGAUCAAGGUUAUCGUGCCGGGAACUUUGGGCUCGAAGGAAGAGAGCAGACAAGAAAGUGUGCAAGUGACUUCAGCUUCGAGCGAUGAUGGGCACGCAGCAACGGAGGAUCAUCAGCUCAAUGCGGGCGGUGAUGAGGCAGCAGUCUCGAUUGACGUGUUGGCUGACUCUAAGGAAAAUGCUGAAGGAGGUACUCGGCCCAACAUAAAUGCUAUGUUACAAAAUGUGCUGAAUCGGCUCAAGUCAACUGAGCCUGGAGAUGUAGACUUGCGGACUUUGGAUGAUCUUUGCUUUCAGAUUCGGUUCCAGGCUCAAGUGCUGGCUCAGCGCUAAGACGCUAAACAGUGAGCCAGGAGAUUGUUGACUGGCAAAGACGUCGUGUACGGACAUGGUAGAGAGCUACCUAUUUGUGAUGGGAAUGCAAGAUAGUGAUAUUGUAUGGACAGGAGAGGUACAGGCUAUUGAUAUUGGCUUGGACAUGAUAAUGAGGAUCCCAUGCAAAGCAAACUGC